GUAGUGUUAGUUUGGCCAAAUUAAAUCAAGCAAGUAUACAUCUUUAUUAUCAAUCCCAUAGAUAUAAAAUGUCUUCCAUUUGUUGCCACCUUCAUAUAUAUUCAAACUAAAAAUUUGGUUUAUUACUAAUUGCUACAAAGUACUAUAAACUUAAUUAGAGAGUCUUGAUAACAACAUCAACUGAGAUAGCUCAGCUAUGGAGAAAGAGCAUGGCGGCGUGGUGGUCAAGGGAAGGGCAAUCAUCGACUCUCGGCCACCGUUCCGAUCGGUUAAAGAAGCAGUCGCGCUGUUCGGAGAGAGGGUGCUAGUUGGGGAGAUUUAUGCCAAGCAACUCAAAGAGAUGAAAGUAGCCAAGACACCUUCAGAGAAAGAAAAUAUAAUAACCUCAACACUGGCAGAUAAAUUUGUCUCAGCUGAACUAGAAGAAACAAAGCAAACCCUACAAAAAGCAAGAGAAGAAGGCAAUUAUAUGGCAAAUUGCUUAAAAUCAUUGAAAGAAGAGUUAGAAGAAACAAAGAUAGAGCUCCAAAAUAUGAAAGCUGCAAAAAAUGUGGUGAAGAAAGAGCACCCAAAACCCAUCAUUAUCAACCCAGAGAUUGAAGAGCUUAAAUUUGUUGAGAUUAAUCCUAAUAAUUAUGACAAUAAUAAUCAUGGGAUUAAUCAUGAAUAUCAACAUGAAUUCCAAAAGAAGAAGAUUGUAACAUUUGCAAGUCCACCAUCUCUAACUAGAGAAAUCAAGCAAAGUCUCAAUGAUGAAAGAAGUACUAGUAGAUUUGGAAGAAGCUCUUCUAUUAGGAAGGAAGGAAAGAAUAAAAAACCAGUUCUUGCAAUUAUGGGAUGGCUUUUGCCAAAGAAAAAAAGAAGCUAUGAAGGUGAUUAUGAUCGUUCUCCUCAAGUUUAAAGCACUAGCUAGCUAGUAGCUACAUAUUUCGGAUUUACCCAUCUACAAUAGGUGGGCGUAGCUAUUCAAUUUGAAUUGAAAACAUAUGUUCGGAUUUAUUUUGUUACAUUAAUCACAAGUUUAAUUUGUACUAAAGUUUUGGAGAAAAAGAGAGUAAAUAAUUGUAUAUGCAAUCCAUAUUUGAGGGGUUAGAAAAAAAUGCAGUUGGUGUAUUGUAACUUUGCAAUGAAUAUUUUUUUUGAGAGUUUUAUUGAUUUUGGCUCUCUGAAUUUUGUUAA